AUGUCUGUAAAGGUUGAGCUGAUAGAUUUUCUUCCGUCCCAAUUUACUUCCACUGAUGAUGAUCAUCACGAUAAUAAUAAUUUAAUUAACCUCCUAAAAUAUAAAAUUAAUAUCAUCCCCACCAAACGAUACUCUCUCGAAUUUUCAUCACUGAAUGUUAGUGGUUAUUAUUCUGCAUGGCAUGUUGGUCCGAAUUGUUUUGAUAUUGUUCUCUCCAAUGAUUAUUAUAGAUUUAUUGUAACGAAUGGUUCGGCACUGAGUGUUUUUCCGAGAGCAGAGACAGCUGAAGAGUAUGAAAACAAGUCAAUUGGAAGGAAGGCCUUGUUUGAAGUUGAGUUUGAGGAAAUUACUUGUUUUAAUUGUUUGAAAUUGAUUAAGGAGAAGGAUGAGGAAUAUAUUUAUGCAUCUACUGAUCCAUAUGUUGUAAAGAUUAAGGUUUCUGAUAUAAUGAGGAAGAAUCCACUUCUUGUUUGGAAAUCUAAAGAAACUUACUAUAAUAUCUGGGGAUUGGAUGUUAUGGGAUCCCAACUCUAUGUUGUGGAUUAUGAAAAAUCAGUUAUGAUAUUAGAUCGUGAACAUGGAGAUCAUUUACAAUAUUUAGAUGAUGAUAUUGGGAAAAUUGAGGGUGGUGGUUUUGGUAUUCAUUGCUUUUCUGAGAAUGAAAUAUUAAUGAGUCAUAAUUCUUGUUUAGAAUUAUUUGAAAAACAGCAAGGAAAAUGGAAUUCUAUUCGAAAAUCAUCUUUUAGAAUGAAUUUUGCCUAUUCUAUAUUCUAUGAGAAGGCCUCUGAUUUGAUUUAUGUAUCAGAUAAUGGUGGUUAUAGACUUGUUGUGGUUAGAAGGGAGGAUUUAUCAAAAGUUAAAUCUGUUAGUGGAAAUUAUAAGAGUUUUGGAAUUAUUAUUGAUCCAUUAAGUGGUCUACUUUAUGUAUGUGAUAGUGGACAAUUUGGAGUACUUAUAUAUUCUUAG